AUGAUGCGGGUGGUAGUGCUGCUCUGCGUUAUUGGGUUCGCUAUAAGCAGCCCUCCUGUAUCAAAAAGCAGGAAGCAGAUUGAAGACUUUCGGGCAGCGUUGGAAAACAGUAGGAUCGAUGAUGGAGUUCUGCUAGACUCUCGCAUUCUAGCGAACCCCAAAGCCAAUAUUUGGGAGAACAGCGGCAAGUACGAAGGCGAUAUUCUUCUCGACGACAAUCAAAUCGAAGCCCUGGUGUCGGAUUAUGCAGGGGUUGACAGCAGCAACAGAGCAGCCUUCGUCGUCGCCAACACAAGAUGGCCCGGAAAUGUCAUGCUCUUCGAUAUUUCCAGUGAAUUUAGUAAGCGUUAUUAUUAUCUACGUUGACCAAGUGGUUUUAGGUUUUAACUAUAUUACUAGAAUCAUAUUAUUCGCCAGCGGGGAGGAGGUCCCCGAUAUCUGAUGUUACCCGGGCGUGCGUUCUAAUAACUCAAAAUUAAAAUCAAAACCAUUUAUUUCAAGUAGGCUCAGUUUACAAGCACUUUUGACACGUCAGUUGACUAUUUUUAAAGAUUCUACCACCGGUUCGGAAGGCAGGUUCUGCUGAGAAGAAACCGGCAAGAAACUCAACAGUUGCCCUUUUUAAAAAAUCAUACAGUAUUAUAAUUUACAAUUGAUGAUAACAUUACAAUUUCUUAUAGUUUUACUUUUUGUGUGAAGGUGGAAGCUGAUCCAAUGGCCUCCAAGCGCUUUUAUCUUUAAGGAACUCAUCAAUGUUGUAGUAACCUCGACUAAGUAAAUGUUUUUUAACACAUUGCUUAAAGCUAUGCAUUGGCAUGUCCAUCACAGUCUUGGGGACACACAUUCACUCACAGCCUCGGGAGCGCCCGGACUGGUAAACUCAGGCCAAACUAUAUUACUAGAAUCCAAACACUUACACAAACAACACACGUAUUCACCGCUGGAGACGAGAACCCCGAUAUCUGACGUUACCCGGGCGUGGGUUCUAUAACUCACAACCUCGGGGGCUCGCUUUCAGUCAGAGAUGCCGUUAGAGAAUCAUUCCACCCUUUGUUUUUCUACGUCUUCAACUUUCGGGCCUCAUCAAGCGACGCUUACACACACAUAAAACCCCCGGCGACGUCGCUGCGGACCCAAUCUGGAACCUAUCUAAAAAUCCGGGAAAAACCAAAGUGGUAAUCGACGGGUCGUGUCGUGAGCCGCUUAUCGAUAUUUUAGUGGAAGAGCGACCUCUUACCACGCUCUGUUACCAAUAUAAUAAUUGAAAUUGUUUGUUUCUUCAGACGCUCGAGAACGGGAUCUUAUUAUAAUGGGAAUGCGUUGGGUGGAGCAUUUCUCGUGCGUGAGAUUCCGUCAGCGAAUCAAUGAACGCAACUACGUAUUGAUUA